AUGAGAUUAUUAAACAUAACUAACGGCAAAGCAAGCGAAGAGCUGUCGCUGACUAGUAAUUGCGACAAUCAUCCGCAAGUGAAUACUUUGCUCGACAAAGGGAUCUUAUCACUAGAUGGUCCUAUGCAGAACGAGAUGGAACAGGUGCAGGAGCAGGAAGAUGUGCGCGAUCAAGUCAUUUGUAUGAUUUUCGACUUGCCCGUGUCUACACAAUUUUAUCAAGACUUUUCUUGUGCAAUCGCGUCAACUCUAGCUAUGCAUGGACGCAUGUAUCCAACGAGUUCGCACGUGUGUUUUUACUCGAAUGUGUUUGGCCGUGAAAGAAAGAUCCUGAUCCCCUACGAGUCCAUUUGCGAAAUCAAAAAGACGACGACAAUGAUGUUUCAGCACGCAAUUCGACUUACGACAUUUGACAAAGACGAGUACACGUUUACAAGUUUUUGGGGCAAUAAUCGUGAUAGCUGUUGUGACCUCAUAACCAAGACGCGUGACCGCGUGCUUGCUGAACUACGACUUAUUGCAAGAAAGUCAUCGGUUCCGCGCACUUUGGCACUGCAAAUGUCUCGUAAUACCGAGUCACCUAAUCCAUCCUCGCUAUCGUCCCAGGAUUCUUCUGAUGCCGCAAACAUAUCAAAAGAGAAUGAAGACGAAGAGGGCAAGAAACUAGAAGAAGCAGCCUUGUGUGUGGGCGAAGACAGCAAUAGCAAUGCGGCUAAAGAAAAGAAAUCCACUGAAGUUCAUGAACCGACAAGUCCUAUAAUUCCGCAUCGACUUAGAGUUGUGUCGGAUGUGGACUCAAUCGCGCCCAAGGAUAUUUCGAUGACGCCAAUUCGUGAGGAGGCCUUCUCUUUGUCGGUAGACACAUUCAUGCAGCUUUUCUUUUUGGACAAUGCACCAUUUGGGCUAGACAAAUUUAAUGAGCAACUGGGUUCUACUGAAAUAACUGUCAACCUGUGGAAGACACCGGUGGGCGACGAUGGAUCUUUUGGCAGGACUCGCUCACUUCAAUUUCGAAUUCCCAUUGAGGCUCCGAUCGGUCCAAAGUCAUCUCAGGUUGAUGUGCUUCAGUGCCUCAAAAAAAAUGCUCGGGGGGUUUGUGUUAUAGAGAGUUCUACCCGACUUGUGGAUAUUCCAUAUGGAGACUAUUUUAGUGUAGAAGAUCGAUGGACUAUCGUGCCACAGCCCUCAAAUUCGAAUGCUUGCAAAAUAUUUAUAGAGAUGAAGGUGGUUUUUGGUAAAUCCACAUUUUGGAAAAACACGAUUGAGACCCGUGCCAUCAAAGAUAACCGAUUAAAAUGGGAGAAAUGGGUAGGAAUGGCGAAAGCUUUUCUAAACUCAAGGAAACUAGAUCAAGAUGUGUGUAUUCUUGAGCGUUCUCCUACAUCUGAUUUUUCGUCAGACAAAGCAAUAGUGCAGGACGCUACAAAAAUGGAUCAAAGAUCAGUGCAACAUCGAAGCAAGCCAAAUUACUGGCACCGAAAUUCCGUUGGCGCAGUAAUGCCAUCUGAAGGGGCCCAAGUAGCCCACGUAAAAGUGUUUCCUUGGGUAUUGGUUUUGCUUCUUGUACUUGUUAUUCUGCGCCUGCAAAUGACGCUAUCCAGUAUUCAGCGCACCUUGUUAGUCAGUACUGAGCGGAUCAGUGACCUUUACACAAAGAUCAAUGACCUACAAACGCGUUCAUGUUUGGCAACGUAA